CUGAGCACGAGAGGAGCGCACCAGACAGAGAGCGCCUUAUUGGAACUUGUAGACAACACUAUUAUUCUUAUAAUUCUUAAUUAUUUUUUCUUUAAAUAGUUUGAGAAGAAAUAUUACUAUAAGAUAAUUAAAGAUAAGAUAAGAAUUACUAUAUUAAUCCCAAACUGGGACAUUUUUGUGUAUCUGAUCAUUUUGGAGCAAUUUUCUUUUUUCCUGCAAGAGCAUGCUGUUCAUAUGAGUGAUUUUUACUUGAGGCAACAAGGGAGAAAGCAACAUGGAGACGUUCACAUUGCACGAGAUGCUCAUUAACUCGACCGAUCUUAGCAAGAUUUUGUGUAAUUUCGGGAUCAACAUUUCGGAGUGCGACAGCGAGCAGGAAACGUCACCCGAACCCAAAGACAUCAACCAGACAGUGCGGAUCAUCCUCUACAGCCUCAUCUUCCUCCUCAGCGUGCUGGGUAACAGCCUCAUCAUCGGGGUCCUGGUGCGGAAUAGGCGUAUGAGGACUGUCACCAACCUCUUCCUGCUGUCCCUCUCCAUCAGCGACCUGAUGGUGUCCCUGUUCUGCAUCCCCUUCACCCUCAUCCCCAACCUCAUGAGGGACUUCAUCUUUGGCACCGGCAUAUGCAAGCUGGUCAUGUACUUCAUGGGUGUCUCUGUAAGUGUUUCCACUUUCAACUUGGUGGCCAUCUCCCUGGAGCGUUACAGUGCCAUUUGCAACCCGCUGACUUCGAGGACGUGGCAAACCAAAUCUCACGCCGCCAAGGUCAUCACUGCCACUUGGGUGGCGUCCUUCAUCCUGAUGCUGCCGUACCCUAUUUCUAGCAACCUCAAGCCUUUCACCCGCUACAACAACAGCACCGGGUACAUGUGCCGCCUGGUUUGGCCCAACGACGUCAUCCAGCAGUCCUGGUACGUGUCCCUGUUGUUGAUGCUCUUUCUAAUCCCUGGGAUCAUCAUGAUGACAGCCUAUGGACUCAUUUGCCUGGAGCUUUACCGUGGCAUCACGUUUGAGCUGUCCAGCAGAAAAUCUCUCAGAGAAAGACAAUCCAGCACUGGCAGCAUCAAGCCCGGUGACAGUGAUGGCUGUUACCUGCAGCAGUCCAAAAGGAAGAGCAUCACUGGGAGUGGAGUCAGCGCCAGCAUCAAGCCCAAGGCAAGCCGUGUUUGCAGCAACAGCUCUACAGCCAACCUGAUGGCCAAGAAGCGUGUGAUCCGCAUGCUCCUGGUCAUCGUCUUCCUCUUUUUCCUGUGCUGGACCCCCGUCUUCGUGGUCAACGCGUGGCAGGCUUUCGACCGGCGCUCGGCCUACCGCCUGACCGGGGCGCCCAUCUCCUACAUCCACCUGCUGUCCUACACCUCGGCCUGCGUCAACCCAAUCAUCUACUGCUUCAUGAACAAGCGCUUCCGCCAAGGCAUGCUGGCUACGUUCACCUGCUGCAGCUGCUUGAGGAGGAGUGGUGACUUGGCGAGGUCAGCUGGAAGCGGGACAGCUAAAGGGGAAUUGGGCAGAUUAAGAGCAGGGCCAAAAACCCCUGAGCAGAAUGGUCAUACCCCGCCCAGCGGAGCCAGCACACGUUUCACCUACACCGGCAUCCGUGCGUCAGCCUGGAGUGAGCUCGAUUGAUAUGUGUGCAAACACUUUAAAAAAAAAGGAGUCUUGUUUCAAUGUCAAGCCUUCACAGUGAUUAUAUGACUAGUUUAUGAUCGGCUACAUCACCUAAAGCUAAAGCGUCCAAGGUGGUUGACUGACACCUGAUCAUAUUAACCCUUAAAAGGGCCAAACAAAGCAGAACCAAUCGUUUUUGUUUUCCACUCUCUACAAAUUGCAUUCUCAAUUAUGCUUCAGGCUAAACGUAUUUUCUUCCAGAUUGCGGUCGCAGUUUCGGCCAAAGUGGACCCUCAAGGGAUGAGUAUAAACUAGCCUGUAUAGCUAGGAGGCACUUGGCUUAGCAUUUAGCCAACAGCUAAUUAGUUUUACCUACUAACGGAAGUUAACUUUUUUUUGGUAUUCCUUACUCUAAUAGAAGUAUAAAAACAUCAAGCAAGGAAAAAAAUCACUAAGCUGCUCCUGUUUACGUACAAAUGCUCUUCAUGCUAAGCUAUGCUAAUCGCCUCCUGUUGCUAGCUCCAUUUGAUGGAAAUAACGGCAUACGGAUGGCUGCCUGGAGAGCGGGAAAAUACAUUUAAGAAAAAAUCAUCGCAAAAUUGUCAGCUCUGAUGUGAGCAUUUCAUGACCAAGACAUACAAAAAUAACCGCUGUGGUUCUUUAAAAUCAGACUCUGUGUAAACAGGCUUUUCAUCUGUUGUGUACAGCAUUGGCUGCCAGUCACAAUGCAACUGUAAUCAGCAGCUUCAAAACAGCCCUGCGGUGCACAAAUAGUGCUGCUCUUGUCCUUGACCUAACGUGUCCUUGUGGGUAUAUGCAUUUGUGUGUGUGUGUGUGUGUGUGUGUACAGGGGCUGUACUGUGCUAUGGGAGCUGGAGAGGCCUUAUCAUUUAGUGGGACUUUGAACACCUGUAUCCCCUCUAUCGCCUUCAAAGAGCGAAUUCCCGGCACCUGAUUUCUACUGAUUCCUACAGUUAAAUAUAGCAGUGUUCAUGUAACACGUUUUUGUUUUCCUGUUUCCGUACAUUAUUGUUGUAUAAAUUCCUAUUUACAGUGUAGGUUUGAUGCAUUUCUGAAUAUUUUUGAGUUGUUUUAUUGCAUGAAGAUGUGCCUAUUUUGUAGUCCUGUUAAAUAUGAACAUAAUUGAAUGUAAUCGUUUUACAGGUUUAUAGAUAUCUGGUAGUGGUUUGGGGAUUGUAUCGUGUUCUUUUUGUUAUGUACAGACACACAAGCCAUCUCUGAAAAACGAGCGUCUGGUUGACCUUAUAAAGACCUGCGUCCGCGAGGGCUCAGGGCGAAGUAACUUGGAGCUUUUAACGGCUUUAACGAAAGUGGAUCUAAACGGACAAAGGGCAUUAGACGAGUGGUGGAAAGAAACGGCUGUAUCUGCUGGGACUUCUUCCCAAGGAUAAGAGCUCCAUUUGGGCUUGGUGGAUGCCAAAAGCCCCGAGAGAGCUUAACUGUCACUGGAGGAAGGAAAGACUGGGUUAUUCAUUUCUACUGUAAAAGUGUAUUAAAAAUGCUUCUCUACGCUUCUGAUGACAAUUAAAAACAACACAAA